AUGCCGCUGCUCAAUAAGAAGCCGUUCAAGAAGCUUCCGCCGCCGAACGACGUCUCGCCGGACACGAAGGUGUUUUUUCUCGAGGCCACACAGGAGAUUUUCACCAAUCAUGAUGAUUAUUAUAAGCGAAUGGUGCUCUUGAACUCGACGUGCUGGUCGUGCGCAUUAACGAGAAAAACGAAUCUCACAUACUUUGAAGCUGUCGAAUCGGAGCAAGAGGCUGCGAACGAUCUUAGCAUUUUUCCGGAUUAUCUCGUCAAACCAAUUCUAUUCAUUGUUAGCAAUUACACAAAACGCGGCCGAUUCGAGGAUCUUGUCAAUGAUAUUUUCUGGAUCAUGAAGGAUCGGUUCUUCAUCAGCGAAGAGGUGAUCUACUCGGAGCGCAAUCGUCGAAUGCCCGCCAAAAUCGUCGGCUCGUUCGUGAUACCGGAAGAGAGCGGACCGCUGUGCGAGCCGUUGGCGGUUCAGGAAGCCAAAGAGCCGAAAUUGCCGCCGUCGGAGAAUUAUCGCUACACGAUUCAGAUACUCGACGGCCUUCACGUCAGCGACGAUGGCCUUCGCGAAGGUGUACCACCGGAGAAGAUAUUCCGCUCGAAAAACGUUGGCUCGCGGCAGAAAAUCAAGCUUUUCCUCAAAAACUCCACCGAAAUUCCGUACUCCGGCGAUCAUUAUGUGGUUCGCGAUGAGUAUUUAGCUGACGGGAUUGUGCGCAAUCUGCGCUGGAAUCUCAUCAUGUCGGGCAGUGAGCCGACGUGUCCGAGCACGCCGGUCACCCAGCGCGGACGAAUUCCCAACGUGCUGAAACCCGGCUAUGUCGAGCCGUUCAAGAAAAUCAAAAAGAUCAAGACGGCCGAUGAGAGCGGUCCGAAGCCGCGUGGACGUCCCAAGAAGAAUCCCGACGCGACGCCGACGAAAUCGGUGAAGAAGCGAAAGAACAAAGACAUUCAGGAUUCCGAAUCGACGCCGAAAAAGAGGAAAUCGCUGAGCGCGCCGAAAAUGAGCGAGAAGAAGCGCCAAAAAAUAAUUGAGCAACAAGCCGAACUUGAAUUCCUAUUUUCCGAAGCGAAACGACUUGGCAUUGAUGUUGGCGAGCUGCAGCAGUCGGAGAAGGUGCUCAGCUCGAAGGUGAUCUCCGAGUUUAAGCUUGUCGUCAAAGAAGCCAAAGACAAGGAGCGCGAGCAGCUCAAAGAGGAGAAGCGAAGGAAGAAUAAGGAGAAGAUUAAUUAUAAUAAGAAGCGCGAUGAUCUGAUGUGCGAUGAUCUGAAGCCGAUGCCGAAGUUGCCGAAGCUUCAACUACCGCCGUGGCUCAGCGACGAGGAGUUCUCCGAGCUCCUCUUCAUCAUGCAAUUCUUUUGCUCGUUCAAAGAGCUUCUGCCGCUGAAGGAGAUCCGAGGCCACACGGAGAUUCUGUUUUCGGAUGUUGUGAUUGCGGUGAAAUGCAAUGAUCCGCAGAAUAGCCCCUACGCGGAUCUGAUGCGCGUUCUGCUAUCGGCGCGAACCGACAUCGCCGACGAGGAAGACGGCGACGAGGCGGAUUUCUCGAAUCGCGAAGAGGUCUACCUGUUGAACAGCCAGAGUUGCGAUCCCGGCAAUCCGAUUCACGGCGACGUCAUACGCGAGAUCACCGUCGCUCAUGAGAUGGUGCGAAAAAUUCACGGAAAAUCGGUUCGACACCUUCCCGUUGAUUGGAUGACGCUGAGCGAGGUGAUCCGAUUGAUAUUCAUCACUUCCGGCUACUAUUCGGGCCACAGCACCCAUCGGCAUCGGUUGUUUUCGAGGGGCAACUUCAAGGGAUUCGAGGAUCCGUGCUAUGAGCUCAGAGAGCAGAAUCCGGAGCUCAUUGAGAAGUUGAAGACGCAAACCGUGUUCGAUAUGGAGCCGCACGAGCGUUUGAUCAUUAUGAAGACGAUCAUCCUUCAACUUCUCACUUACGCGAAAUUUCGGAAUUUCAUCGAACAGAAACAGAAUCAGAUGUUCGAGAAGCGUAAAGACAUCAAGAAGCUGAAGCUCUGGGAUGCCGCUCAGGAGCAGGAAGCGAAUUCGGCGCGCGUCGCUUUGGAGCACGAGAUUGACGAGGCGAGCAAGAGCGGCGCGGCGAUGAAGCCGAUUCAGCAAGGCGCGGUGGCGAAGCGGCUUCGAGCGCACUUGAAGGCGAUCAAUGAGAAUCGACGGGAUGAUAAGAACGAUUUGGAAUCGAUCCUUCUCGUUGGCGUCCCUUACAAUGAGCUCGAACUUGACGAGAUUGUGAAGGCGCGCGAAUUGCAGAAACUUGAAUGCGCCGCACUUCAGAAGAAGAUGAUCCAGAGCGUCUACGAUAUUCAAGUGAGCACUGGCGACAUCUUCUUGGGAAAUGAUCGCGCAUUUCGACGCUACUUCGUGAUUGACAACUUGCCGGCGUUGAUUGUCGAGAAUUGCACGGAAGCGGAUCGCAUCGGCGAAUGCGAGGAGCCGACGAUGAUCGCGAAUCCCGAGUGUCUUGUGGAAUCGGAAGAUCGGCGGGUGUACGUGUGCAGUGGCGAAAUGGCAACGUGCAAUGUGCACGGACGACGACGCCUCGAACGGCCGAGAUGGUGCUAUAUUCCCGACGUUGACACUCUGGAGAAGUUGAUCGGCGUUUUGAAUCCGCGCGGAUUCCGCGAGUGUGAGCUCAAUGAGCAGCUCGCGUUCUACAAGCCGAGUCUGGAGGAGCUGCUCGAGAGCACCAGCGAGAUCGUCGAGAACGGCGAAUGGCUUGAAGCGCUGAUGACGCACGACACCGAUCCCGGCGACACCUAUAAUAUUGAUUGGGAGGCGGAGCUUCGCGAUCUGCUUCUCGACUUCGAGGAGAAGGUCGAUCAAGGACAAAUGGGAUCGUUGAACGCCACGUUUGGUGUCGAUCGCGCCACGUGGCGACAGCAUUUGCGAGAGUCGGGCGAUGUUAGCGAUUUGCUGAAUGUUGAGAUCAAGAUUGGGAAUGAGGUGGUAGUGACGCCUGACGACGCCAAGCAGUUCAAUGAAGUCAAACAACUUGCUCUAGCGUUUCUUCAAAUCGUUCAGUGCAUUGGAAUCAAAUUCAUCAGAAUGCCAUUCGCUGUUCGGAAAGAAGAAGUGUUGCGAGCGACCGAGACAUUCCGACGAUGGCAGCGAGCCCUUCUCGAGUGCGGCUCAUUGUCGGCGUUGACGUUGUUCCUGUCGACACUGGAAUCGGCGAUUCAAUGGGACAAGAGUCGAUUGCAAGGCAAAUGUCGGCAGUGUCGGCGAAAAGGCGCGACCAGCGAGCUCGUGUUGUGCCACGAAUGCGACAAUUGCUAUCAUUUGGCGUGCGUCAAGUUGGCGCGCGAUGCGCCGACACCAAUCGAGUGGUACUGUAGCGCGUGUCGAGCGCAGAGUCGAAAACUCGCGAACGAGGCGAAGCGAAAAGCGCGCGACGUCAUCGAGCCGCUCGAGGCGGACGUCGGCAGCGAGGAGCACACGAUCGAGAUGGAUGACGGCGGCGUCGGCAGCGGUCGUCCGCAGAGGAGCUCCGACACUGAGAAUCAGAAUGUGACGCGAACGCAAAGCGGCCGAGCGGUUCGAAAAGUCCACUAUACGGAAUUGGCGGUGGCGACGCCGCCGUUGAAGCCGCGACAGAGGAAAUCGAAUGUGGCGUCGUCGGAGAGGCCGGCGAGAGCGAAACACGUUCGAACAUUUGACGACUUCUCCAAUAUUGAGAGCUCCGAGGAUGAGGAAUUCAGCGAUCGACGUCAAAGACGAUCGAUGAAACGCAAGCAAUCGAGUCCGCCGGAAAUCGUGAACCCGUCGCGCAAUAGCGCGACGUCGAUCAAAGAGAAAAUGGCGGCGCUCGAGCAAUUGCUGAAAGAAUCAAUGCGUCAAGAAUGCUCGUGGCCGUUUCUGGAGCCGGUCGAUCCGAAAGAGGUGCCCGACUAUUACGACGUCAUCAAACGCCCGAUGGAUUUGCGAUCGAUGAUGAACAAAUUGAAGCAGCGCGUUUAUAAUCAUCCCGAGGAGGUUCGAAACGACUUCGAUUUGAUCAUCACCAAUUGCGAGACGUAUAAUGAAACGGAAAGCGAGAUUUUUCAGCUCUCGCGUGAAUUGGAAGCGUUCGUUGUUGGCCGAAUGGACGCGAUUGUGAAAGGAAUGUGA